AUGCCGGCGAGGGCAGUGAUUGUAUCGAUCCUUGUAUUGGCUACGUUCGCAGGAUGUUGGCCCUACGAUCCUAACGAGGUUGGAUACAAUCUCAACGAAAACAAGAGUGCUGCGCAUCCGGCGGAAUAUUGGGGCCAGUGGCCGGAUCACGACUACUUCCCUUCGCCUGACAACUGGAGAUUCCCAUUCUAUACCCUCUUCGUCGAUAGAUUCGUGAAUGGUGACCCGGCCAAUGAUAAUGCUAACGGUACAAGUUUUGAGCGGGAUAUUAAUUCAAACCAGAUGCGCCAUGGGGGAGAUGUUCUGGGGUUGGUUGAUUCUUUGGAUUAUAUUAGUGGUAUGGGAAUUAAGGGCAUAUAUAUAGCUGGGACAAUUUUGAUUAACGAACCAUGGGGUGCGGAUGGAUAUUCUCCCCUCGAUACAACGCUCCUUGAUCGUCACUUCGGAGACAUAGAGAUGUGGCGGUAUGCGGUCACAGAGAUACAUAAAAGAGGCAUGUACAUCGUCAUGGACAGUACUCUAGCAACGCUCGGAGACCUUUUGGGCUUCGAAGGUUAUCUAAACACAACUACGCCCUUCGAGCGCGCAGAACAUAAAGUUGUUUGGAAAUCCAAAAGGAGAUAUCUUGAUUUCCACCCUGGUAACUCGUAUAAUGAAACCUGUGACUACCCGAGAUUUUGGGAUGAGAGCGGGUAUCAACUAGAACCAUCGGAAACUGGGCUCAGGGGCUGUUAUGAUAGUGAAUUCGAUCAAUAUGGAGACGUUGAAGCAUUCGGUGUUUAUCCAGAUUGGCAGCGACAGCUUGCCAAGUUCGCUUCAGUCCAAGAUCGUCUGCGCGAGUGGCUGCCGUCAGUUAGAGAAAAGCUCAUCAGACACUCUUGCCUGAUUAUUACACAGCUUGAUAUCGACGGCAUUCGAUAUGACAAGGCCACUCAAGCUACGAUAGAUGCAUUAGGCGAUAUAAGCUCGGCAUACCGUGCUUGUGCCAGGAAGGUUGGAAAAACAAACUUCUUCCUUCCAGGAGAGAUAACUGGUGGAAAUACAUUUGGUGCCAUCUAUAUUGGCCGUGGGCGACAGACAGACAUGCGACCAAGCAGCUUGAAAGAUGCGGUUCGGCUGACUUACGACAACGACACCUACUUCAUUCGGAAGAAGGGUAAAUCUGCUUUGGAUGCUGGUGCUUUUCACUACUCUAUCUAUCGCAGUUUGACCAGGUUUCUGGGAAUGGAUGGUAACUUGGAGGCCGGCUUCGAUACUUCCCUCAAUUGGGUCGAGGCUUGGAACGAAAUGCUUCUCACCAACGACUUCAUUAACACGAAUACCGGUGAGCUUGAUCCACGGCAUAUGUUUGGUGCAACAAACCAAGAUGUUUUUCGCUGGCCCUCUCUUCAACAAGACACCCAAAGAUCACUCAUGGCCCUAUAUAUUAUCACAUUGCACCUUCCUGGUAUUCCCUUAGUUCUCUGGGGUGAAGAACAAGCAUUUUAUAUCCUCGACAGUUCAGCGCAGAAUUACAUUUUUGGCCGGCAACCAAUGUCCUCCUCAAUAGCUUGGCAAACCCAUGGAUGUUACAGCUUGGGCUCUUCCCAGUACUAUCAGUGGCCACUUGGACCUGCUAUUGAUGGCUGCCACGAUGAUGCUGUUAGCUAUGAUCAUAGGGAUCCAUCUCACCCUGUGAGAAACAUCCUAAAGGCCAUGUUCCAAAUGCGAGAAAAUUACCCUACCCUAAACGACGGCUUCUAUCUCCAACAAUUGUCAAAUUUGACUAGGACAAUAAUUUUUCCCGGUUCUAAUGGGGUCGCAACCGAGAUUGGCAUGUGGUCAGUUUUUCGUGGUCGGCUUGAUGGCGUGCAGGAUUUGGAGGGUGAGAACCUGCCUGUAUGGCUUGUCUAUCAGAACGAUAAUCAAACUGUCGAGUAUCAUUUUGAUUGCGAGAACAAAGCCAAAGCCCUUAUCUCCGUUUUUGGCUCGGGCGCUACAGUGAAGAAUUUAUUCUAUCCUUACGAUGAGCAUACUUUGCAACCCGGCCCUGUGAAACUUGGAAUAGAAGGAUCAACAGCUCUCAAUGGAUGCCUUGAGACUCUGCGAAUGGAUCCCUGGGAUUUUAGGGCUUAUGUUCCUAAAGCGAAGUUUAUCCGACCAAAGCCCAUGAUCACGAAGUUCUUUCCCGGCCAUGAUGCUCGUUUAGAAUCAAAAGUUGACGCCGAUUUAUAUGAAACCGUGCUUUUGGAGGUCCAUUUCUCAGACGACAUGGAUUGCAGCAGUGUUACUCAGAGUUUGUCGCUCAACUCAACAACACACAGCAACAAAAUACCUCUGGUUGAUUCUGCCAGUGUUCAAUGCACCUCUUUUGAGCCCGAAAGGACAAAAUUUCCCGGCGAAAUACCCGGAACCUGGAAGUGGUCAGCGAAUCUUACCAGGGUAUACAACGGCAUUCAUCAGUUGCAGUUCGACAAUCCAAGAGCAAAAGAUGGGAAACAGAGUACUGAUAACGUGGACCGAUUUCUCUUUCGUAUUGGACAAGCGAAUAACCCGAUGGUGUUCACUCGUGCCGCAAAUUAUUCACGCACUUUGUUACAUAGGAAUGAGAAGGGUCACCUGUAUGUGGCUCACCACGCUGCUGGUGCAGACUCUUACCGAUAUUCCACUAAUUGGGGCUCGACUUGGUCAGACUGGCUGCCUUAUAAAGGUGGAAACGAUACAUUGAAUAAGCAAGGAUGGUCUGGAACCAAGAAGCAGCAGUGGAUUGGAGAGCAUGUGAUUGUCGAAUACUGGAACCGCAUGGUAGGGAGCAGUAGCCAUAUGCAACACGGCGAUGUUGACUGGGAAAGUGACCAUCCACGAAGAUUUCCUCAUCUCUUUUGGAACGGUCCAUACAAUCAGUAUGGCUAUGAUGCCGGCGUUCGCAACCAGAUGCAGUUCAACGAUAACGGACAAUGGGCCAUUCGUUUUAUGACCGAGUGGCCGGCCUUGGCUCAGGUGAACGUCUGGGGUAUGAAUGCAGAUGGUAACCCCGAUAAGACGUACGUUUUCGGCGAUUCUGACGGCAAUUCUGUCUUGGACCGCCUUCCACCUUCGUCGUUGAAGAACGCCCUCGUAAAUAUAACCGAACACCCCCCUUCACCAUACUUAUCUUGGGAAUUUUUAUUGGACGAUGGGACACUCUAUUUCGAAUUGGUUCCGCGUGGAUCAAUGUACCAGCAGAUGGCUCUAUUUUUCCUCUUGCUGAUACUACCUCUUGCAACCGCCGGGGGUAGCCUGUAUGCCUUCAAAUGCUACUUUUGCCGGAUUACAUUCAACAACAAAGGCAGCGUGGGGGGUGGACAAGGGCUCUUGCUUCUGCCCGGAAGCAAUGACUAUGAAAGCUCUGGGCUGCUGAGAACAUUGGCGGACAAGUGCAACCUUUUCCCAAGAAGCAAGGAGCUCGGUUUCUCCGCCAACACUCGACGUACUGUCCUUAUUGCCACAAUGGAAUAUGACAUUAUGGACUGGGAAAUCAAGAUAAAGAUCGGCGGACUUGGAGUAAUGGCGCAAUUGAUGGGACAUCGCCUGGGACAUGUGAAUUUGGUCUGGGUCGUUCCCUGCGUCGAAGAUGUAAGCUAUCCGAUUGACCAAAAAGCGCAACCGAUGAUUGUGAAGUCGCUCGGCAAGGAUUGCAUUGUCGGCGUCCAAUACCACAUCAUGAAAAAUAUCACAUAUAUACUCCUGGAUGCCCCGAUAUUUCGGAAGCAAAAGAAGAAUGACCCCUAUCCCCCUCGGAUGGACGAUCUUGAGAGUGCUAUAUAUUACUCUAUUUGGAACCAAUGCAUUGCGCAAAUUAUGCGGAGAUUUCAAAUUGAUAUAUACCACAUCAACGAUUAUCACGGCGCGCUUGCUCCUCUAUACAUACUCCCAAAGACUGUACCAGUGUGCCUAUCCCUCCACAACGCCGAGUUUCAGGGCCGCUGGCAAAUUCGCAGUGAUGAUGAUAUGACAGAGUUGUGUAGUGUGUUCAAUAUUUCCGAGGAUAUUACACGACGUUAUAUUCAAUUUGGGGAGGUGUUCAAUUUACUGCACGCUGCUGCGAGCUAUUUACGGAUUCACCAAGGCGGUUUUGGGAUAGUUGGCGUGUCCGAAAAAUAUGCCGAAAGGUCUUAUAAAAGAUAUCCCAUCUUUUGGGGGCUGAAGGCCGUGGGCAAAUUACCCAACCCAGACCCUCAAGAUGAUAAUGAAGUGGUCGAACUUGACCCUCGAUUUGAGAGCAUAAAAGCUCAAUUGAAGAGGGAGUCACAAAAAUGGGCUGGUCUUGACCAGGACCCCAACGCCCAUCUGUUUGUCUUUGUCGGAAGGUGGUCGGACCAAAAAGGAAUUGACCUUAUUGCGGACGUCUUUCCCCAUCUUCUCGAGACUCGACAGGACGUGCAGCUUAUUUGUAUGGGGCCAAUUAUUGAUUUUUAUGGGAGAUUCGCCGCGUUAAAGCUCCACAAGCUUAUGGAGAUGUAUCCAACCCGAGUAUAUUCAAGACCGAAGUUCACAGUUUUUCCCAAUUGCGUGCGGGAAGGGGCUGAUUUCGUAUUGAUACCAUCAAGGGAUGAGCCUUUCGGCCUGGUAGCCGUCGAAUUUGGUCGCAAAGGCGUCAUUGGAAUAGGCGCUAAAGUCGGGGGGCUCGGCAAAAUGCCAGGAUGGUGGUAUUCGGUUGAAUCUACUGCAACUCGUCACUUGCUACAUCAGUUUGAGCGAGCCAUCAAUCAGGCGCUAAGGGCGAGGCCGGAAGUCCAUGCUAAAAUACGCGCUAGAUCAAUAACGCAGAGGUUCCCGGUCUCACAAUGGGUGGAAAGGCUCGAUAUGUUACACAUCAAUGCCAUGAGGAUCCAUGAGAGAUAUCGUAAUCCGACUACUCCCAAGGCUCAGAAUCCGAAGGACCAAAGGCGCAGAACUCAAAGCGACUUCCAAAAUACCGACCACCCAGAGGCUGAUUUGUUAAAUUCUCUGCAUCCCGUCUUUCCUCCCAGUGAUCGACUUGUAGGACUACGCAGUGGCCAUACCGUUUCCCUAGAAUGGCUUGUGGGAAACAGAACGGAUUUCUGCUUGCAAAAUGUGGAUCCUAGCUUCGACGAUCAAAACGGCAAAUUUACGGAAGAAUUUAUGAUGAAACUCGAACUUUUGAAUGGGAACAACUCCAUGAAGUCCUUGUGUAUCGAGGAGUUCAUAGUCAAGAGCCAACGACAGUGGUAUAAGAAACUCAGCAACGCCUUCUUGGGUAGAGCAAAGGAUACCAUUCCGUUAGAGAAAUCUACCGUGGAAGAUCUUCUGACUCUUCCACCUGCACUUAGCGAAGAUUUAGAAUCUGGCAGCAUCGAGGAUAGUAAAGGCGGCAAGUCCGCAACUGGUCUUAAGCGAAUGAUGCUGUAUCGUGUUGGCUAUUGGCCUGUUUAUUCCUUCUUCCUUGCCUUCGGGCAGAUAAUUGCGGUAAACUCUUACCAGAUAAUGCUCCUCACUGGAGAGAUUGGUGAAGCAGCCAAGAAGCUAUACGCUAUUGCAUCGAUAUAUCUUCUCGGCUCUAUUUUGUGGUGGUUGAUGUUUCGAAAAUUCGAGCUAGCUACUACGCUCUCUAGUCCGUUUGCGGCAUAUAGUUUUGCCUUUCUUGUUGUCGGCUUUGCCCAGAUUUGGUAUGCCAAAGGACGUUUGCUUCAGAAUAUUGCUGCUGGUGUAUAUUCAUUCGCUUCAGCGAGCGGAUCUGUCUUCUUUGCCUUGAAUUUCAAUGAUGAAGCAGGUAGCCAAGUGAGAGACUGGGUGUUUAGAGCUUGCAUUAUUCAAGGCACACAACAAAUAUUUGUGGUUGCCUUGUGGUACUGGGUUUCAAAGUUGUCGAAGAGUAUGGCUGAAGGGAUGAAUCAGACCGAGAGAUUGGGUUCAUGGCAAAUCCAGUCCAUCGUAUUUCCUGUUGCUUGUGUGCUGGGUGCCAUCGGGGUCAUUGUUUAUCUUGGGCUUCCAGACUGCUACCGGGGCCGUAGCGGGAAAAUUCCCUCGUUUUACACUUCUGUCUUCCGCCGCAAUAUUAUCGUAUGGUUUUUUGCCUCUGUGGUCAUACAGAACUUCUUUCUCAGUCCGCCUUAUGGUCGCAAUUGGUGGUUCCUCUGGAGCUCCAAACAUACGGAAUCGUGGCAAGUCCUAUUGCUUAUCUUUGUGUUUUUCGUGUUUGUUUGGUUUACGAUGCUUGCUCUUUUAAGAAAAAUGUCCAAAAACCAUACUUGGGCAUUACCAGUAUUUGCAGUUGGGCUUGGCGCGCCAAGAUGGGCGCAGAUAUGGUGGGCAACAAGUAAUAUUGGCCAAUUCAUCCCAUGGGCAGGAAGCUACACAACAGGCGCUCUUGUUUCCCGAGCCUUAUGGCUAUGGCUCGGGGUAUUAGAUUCUGCGCAAGGCAUUGGCUUUGGAACAACUCUUCUGCAAACAUUAACCCGGGUCCAUAUAUGCUUCACACUCCUGGCAGCGCAGAUGUUUGGAUCGGUGGCAACCAUGCUAGGCCGUGCUAUUUCUCCCAAUAACAUCGGUCCUGGAAAUGUGCAUCCUGACAUUUCAGGUGGAGCGAAUGCUAUUCUGACUCCUUGGUUUUGGAUCACGCUACUAUUACAGCUUGCUAUUCCGGUGGGCUUCUUUUUGUUUUUCCGUACAGAGCAGCUAAGUAAACCGUGA